AUGGAUGUCAGUGGGAGUGAAUAUCAACAGCCCUCACUACCAUCGGGCACGAGGAAGAGAAAGCGCUCAGCCGGGUAUGAGUCCUUGCGGGCGAGGAAGAAACGCAAGCCAGUGCUCGAUGACCUCCGCAAGGUGUUGGUAACUUACCACGGCUUGCAGCAAAUGCAACGGGAGUUGAACGAGCAGCUCGCCGUGUGCGAACGCCAAAUUGUGAAACACAAAUUUGGCAGUGUCUCGAGGAAGCUUCGCCGUAGCCGCUACCGCAGUCGCCCAUACGUCUUUCCGCGCUUAAGGUCUCCACUGCGCGAGUUAGUCAAGAUAGAGGAAGAUUUGCCCACAUUCUGGGAGCGUCUAGGAGAAUGGUUGCGGAGAUUGUGGUGA